GUCAAGUCGAGCGGCCGAGCGCGCGCCAAGCCAGUCUAGCACGAGCCGUGGCUGCCGUCUCUCGGCUAGCGCAGCCUGCCCCGUCGCGCUCACACGAACGCACACGUACGCCACGCGCGCCUCGAGACGGAUAUAUCUGCCUGCGCACGCACACACCGCUUCUCUCGAAUAGCAGCGCUGCCAGCACAGUAGCGCCGACAACACAGCAGCACACACUUACAAAAUGCCAGGGCACCGCCAGCCAAACAGUCUGGAGCUGCUGAGCUUGCAGCGAGUAUGCCAAGUAUUGGACGGCACGUGCCGCCGACUGCAGGUGCUCUCCCAGGAAUCGUCCGCCGCACAAGUACUCAACUUCGCUAAGCAGACUAUCAGGCCGUACUACGCUAAUGCACUCACAGCCAGACUUAGAUCGCAAGUCAUCGACGAGACGUCGAGGAUGCUGUACGGGCCGUCUACCGAUGGAUCUACGUUGAUUUCCGGACCAGCGCCACUAUACCUACUGGCCUUGCUACUCGGUCACGACAUCAAAAGACUGAAGGUGAAUUUGUGCUGCUAUUACGGCUGCAGUCAUCAGACGUCACUGCUGAAACUUCUGGCAACCGAGGGAGUUGGCCUGGAGUCGCUGGAGCUCGCAAGAUCGGCACUGCUGCGGUUGGACUGCAAGUUGCUCAAGUCGGCGCUGAUGAACAUGAAGAAUCUCCAGAAGCUGACGCUUCGCAACAUUGCCAGCGAUACGGUGCUACAGGUGGUGGGCAAAGCUUGUCCCAAGCUCAUCGUGCUCGACGUCGCUUGCUCGCGACAAGUGACCGAUGUCGGGCUCAAGCAACUCAUAAUGCACGUCGAGUUUCGAGACCGAGCGCCACGACAGGCCAGUCGAGAAGCUACUAGCUGGUCGAAAAUCAAGAGCCUCUUGUCAAAAUUGAAGAUGAAGAAUCCCAGAUCGGACAAGCGAGACAAGCAGGUGCUGCUGGAUCACUGCGAGAGUCGAAAUUUCCUCUGCGACACGUUGAGAGUGCUGAACGUUGCCAACACCGGAGUGACGAGCGCCGGAGUAUUAUUGGCACUGAUGCACGUGCCGCAGCUGGAAUCGCUCGCGGAAUAUAGUCACAUGGGUCGCGUGGUGGAGAUCAUGAAUCGCGGCGUGAUCGACUUUAAAACGCCGUUCAGUCUGACCCAAGCGAGGAGUUCGCGAACUACUCCCGCGAGGUUGGAGUUGCUUGCGCAAGCGUGUCCGCGAGUGGAGAAACUGCACAUAUCCGAGCCACAUCAUCCACCGGAGGGCUUGAGGCUGUUCCCGUACGUCACGUCGCUGAGUGUCCACGGGAUACCAGUGCAGAAGGAAUGGCUCGACGGGUUCUACGGAUAUCUGCGAAUCAACGGGUCGAACCUGAAGGAACUGGAUUUGAGGAUUGCGCAGAGCGAAGUGCCACUUGACAUCGAUCUCAAGGAAAUCUUCGCGAGCUGUCCCAACUUGCUAACUUUCAGUAAGGAUGGCUCCAACGUCAUCUGGACUGCUGGUCCUGAUCCGCCGGUUAUGAAGUACUUGCGAAGCGUACAGCUGGGCAGAACAGUGAGCGCACUGACCAUCACCAAGAUUUUGUCCUUGGCGCCAGAACUCACGGCUCUACACGUGCACAGCUGCUUCGACUUGACGAACGAACAAUUGGAAAAGCUGCUCAGCGAGCCUGCCAAACCGCCAAAGUCGUAUGGAUUGCGACGUGCCGAAGCGCAGCGCAACAGCUUGGUACAGAAUCUCGAGUGCUUCUACAUCUACGAGGCGAGUAAAGUGUCGGCUUCCACGGUCUUGAACAUGUUUAAGAGUUGCGGUAAGCUGAGGAGGAUUGGUAAUCUUGCCAAUUGGGGUCUUGACUGCGAAGGAGUUAGAACGCUGAGGAAUACACUUGCCAAGGCGAAUCUCGACGUGGAUUUGUGUCCUGGAUCACAUUGGUUUUGGAGCAAUUGCAUUCAGUAGCGAUGAAUCAACUUGUCCGCUCGAUGUUCCUCCUAAGGCGGACGGACUGGUCUUGUUUUUACGUUCUAUAGCUGCCAUUCACAUUGUAUCUAUCUCUCUCUUUCUCUCUCUCUCUCUCUCUCUCUCUCUCUCUCUCUCACUCUCUCACUCUCUCACUCUCUGUCUCUCCACGAAAAACAAAUGCGGACUGUCAAUUCAUCAGUAUUACCGAUAUUUCGCCGUCAGCCCCCGCAAUCCCUGUCCACUCGAUAUAUACAUUAUAAUUGCAAUUUCGAUGCUGCGUGACAGCAUAGCAUCGAAAUGCAGUAACGAACUUGUUUGUUUUGCGAGAGCAUGGUGAAGAAAAAAAAGAAAAAGAUGACAUUCUCGAAAGAUUUUCUUUUUUCGCAAUUAGCUUUUCGCAAACGUCGUCGUCGUCGUCGUCGUCGUGGACAUAAAAAGAAGAUCACCUGCGCAUAUAUAGGAUUAAGGACGUAUUAGCCAGUAAGCUCUUGAUUGUAAUCUCGCAUCGAUUUAUGCUUUCGACUUUUUAACGAUCGUUAUAUGUAAUCUCGCGGUAUACAAGGAGAUAAAGCAAGCAGCAACAGAUACGAGAUAUCUAAUUGCGCACCUACGUAGAGAAGAUUGUGUAGCUACGCAGCAUAGCAACGCCGUUGUAGUUCGUGCAUUUCUGAAAAAUCGACCGAUUAAAUAUACAUACACACAUGCAUGUACACGCUGUAACACCUCGCGUCAAUUAUGCGAUAUCCGCCUAUCCUGUAUUCCCUUCUCGUUAACGCCAAUAUACUCGUGUAUCGAGAGUUAUUGUGUGCCAAAUCCUUUUGUACAACGUUAUGAUUAAUAAAAAUCUUGUA